AUGGAGCAAGUCCAUGUAGUAGAUGCAGAGCAGACAACGCCAUAUGCGUUUUUGGUGAACGAAAGAAAGCACAUGACAAAGUCUAUCCAAAAGGAAAUGCUCGAGCAGCAGCAGUCCCAACUCGUUUCUGGUCUUCGAGAGAUGUACAGAAAACUACAGAUGGGCGAAACUUGGCCCGGGGCGCCUCUAAAGGAAUCACACGGCGGCUUUCCGCUGACGCAUGACAUUCUCGAGCGUCUACAAGUGCUGCAUUCCAGCGAUUCGCCCAUGAAGAACGAAGUCUUUGAAGACGAUCUCGACGCACUUCAAGAACGUUGCAUGAGGGCAAACGGUCCUGCGCAGAAUCCACGAAGAAGGAGAGCUACAAGUGAAGAGUCGGAACCUGGCCUUACCUCAUCGGCGUCUUCGUCACAUGGGAUGUCGUCACCGGCGCAGUCGAUCGCGUUCCCAGACGCAAUACCGCAGCAUAAUACUCCUUCGACGCCCACAGUGGACAACGAUUUUUAUCAGUCGUUCAAUCGCAAACCUCAGUUUGCUGCGGUCGCGACUUCUCAGCCCAUGAGUUUCAACCCCUCCCCAGCAGCGCUACUGCAGCAAUCGUGGGCCAGUCAACAGCUUCCUCUGGAACAAACAAUGGACGUUGACAUGUACUCGUAUAAUCCAACUCUUAGCUGCGAUCCUCAACUUUUUUCAAACCCUGGUGUCUUCGGCAAUCAGGAUCCCAUGACCGCGAGUUGGCCUGAGUCAUUUGAUCAGCUUAUCAAUCCGAGUGCACUGCAAACGGUCUGA